ACAUGGAAGCUUGACUAUGAGUUGUUGUAAUACUUGUGCUUUUAUACACACUUGCUGAAAGUAAUCAACACUGCUUUAUAUCACAAGGACACUUUUUUCCAGUUUAUGUAUGUGUUCAAAUUUUUUCUAUUUUUUUAAAGUAAACUUGCUCAAAUAAAAACAUCUUUCCAAUCUAUCCAAAGAGACUGUUGCUGACUUUUUUGUUCAGUUCAGUUGUGUUGGAGAUUAAUAUAUGGUGGUGUUACUACUUUUAUUCAAGCAAAGGAUGUAACCACUUCUUCUGCCACUGUUUUUAAAAGAUUUUUUAAGGAAUUACUUUACUAAUGAUGCUUUUAUUUUGAAGAAAUCAAACGAGUCACAGGAAGUAUCAGUGUCACCUCUACCUGAACUCACCUUCAGUGUACCAGACUGUCAGUGUUAAAGGAGUCCGUAGACACGAGCCAGGUUCUGAGACAGACACAUUUACCCUGUGAUCUACAAACACCGUGUUGCUGAGUUGUACCAAUACAAGGUGUGAGAGAUGUCCGUCACUGUUGUUAAAGACAACGGGGUGACUGUGGUCACCUUGGCGACUGACGAGAAGAGCAUGUCACCACCGCUGUGCCAAAUCCUCAAGACUCUCUGCUACAGUCCGAUAUGUUGCUCAGUGCACAAGGGGCUGAUGAAGACCAGUGUGACUGCAGCUCUCGGGUUCUGAAUCCUUUACAGACCAUACAGAUCAUGGCGGGCCUGUUCAACAUCGCACUCGGGCCAGGACGUACAUACGUUCAUCCUCGAGAUGUGACUGGGCCCAGUGAUGCUUACUGGCUGGGUGCUGUGUUCAUCGCAGCUGGAAUCAUGACCCUUCUUGCUGGUGGGUUCCCCUCUCUCUUCAUGGUGGUCUUUGCUGUGGUUGUGAACAUAGUCAGCUUGAUCUCAGCCUUUGCUGGCGCUUUCCUGUACGCCAGAAACAUGGCAGCUGCCACUACCUCAACAAUAUGUGACGGGUACCGGAACAAUGAUCCAAGCUUUGUUUCCAGCUGCAGAUAUGUGGCGUUUGGUUUCCAGGGUUUGUUGUCAAUCAUAGACCUGACUAUGAUCGUCCUGGCUGUUCUCCAGGUGUGUGUCUGCAUCAGCUUUGUUGUUCUGGCCAUCAAGGCUUUGGUCAAAAGGAAGAAGAAAGAGGGUGGCAAAGAUGUUAAAGAUCAGCAGUCACAGUUGAAGGAAGUCCUCCUGACCAGUCCUGGUGCUUAAAAUCAACUCAGCUGAACACAUGGAAGCUUGACUGUGUGUGCUUUUACACACACUUGCUGAAAUUGUUCAAAACUGCCUCAUAUUACAGGGACACAGUCUGUGUCCAGGUUUUGUUUCUGUCUACUUGUGAAUUACUUUUAAAGCUAAAUUGCUUUGAUGAAAACAUGUGAAAUAGUGAAAACUGUCCAAAGAGACGCUUCAGUGUUACGAUAGUUAAGUUAGAUAAUAGUAGCGUAAAAUUUCAAUCAAAAGCCCAGUCCCUGUCCAACGCCUGUCUCAAUUAGACACCUGGAAGUUUUCCGAUAUAUAAAACCUAGUUGUUUGCUACCUCAAAUUAUGUGUCCAUUCCUCGAUCACCCUGCAAGUUAUUGAUAUUUUUUAGUCCAUAAGGGUCCUCAGAUCAAAAGAAUCAACAGGGUUUUUCAUGAAAAUUAAUCCAAGUUGUGAGGAUUGUUUUAACAGGAUAAAGUGAUGUAGUGUCAGUAUGCUGGGGCCGUAAUCCUCGAUUCCCGUAACUCUCUGAUGUGGAGCUAGAUCAAAUGACCGAUUCAUAAUUGAUAUGUUAUCUGAAGCCUAAUUUUUAAACAAGUAAUAUUCAUACUGAUUUAAAUAAACAAUUUGAUUGUA